AAAAGAAACAAUGGGAUCAUCAAAAAAAGAUGAGAAAUUGGAUUGUCCAAUUAUCAUAGUGAUUAAGGGUAAUUAUAGCACUAAAAAAAGCCAAAUAGCCAAUAAAAUAGCUUCAUUCCUUCAAUAUCCUCUUACUGAUGAAGGAGAUAUUAUUCUAUCCCUUCAAAAUUCAAUUUCAAAUUUAUCUUCUUCCAAAUAUUAUAAUAAAGACUUAGUAUUUCAAAUUGUUCGUCAAAUCUCUUCAACUCAAAUCAAGUUAAAGCUUAAUAUUGUUGUUAAUACCGAGUUGUCGCAAUAUUCCCACUUUGAAGAUUUAGCGCAGUUGGCAGCUUCCGAGGAGGCUUCUUUGCUCAUUAUUGGUUGUGACGCUGAACAAAAUGGUGGUCACCUUUAUGAUAUCGGAAAUGUCCCGAAGCUCAACGUAGACCCCUCGAAGCCAUUUAUCGCAGAAGAAUUUGUCCCCGCAAUGCUACAAUCUCUUCAAGACUACUAGGUUGAGUCGAGUCUUUCAACACCGAUGAAGAUAGAUUCGCUUAUCCCAUCAAAAACUAUGCACCGAAACCUUUCGGAACCAAUCCUGAUACAUUUGCUUAUUAAUCUGCCCUAAGCAUUGCAGAUGGAGGAGAUUCAAUGGAGUUCUGUAAGCAGCUAUGCAAGUUUGAUUUGUUCUGUAGUUUUAAGCUUAUAAACUCUCAUAUCCAAGCUAAGUACUACAUAUCAAAAAUGUAUUGCAUUUGUUCAAUAUAAAAAUAACAUUCUCAAAAUCAAUUUG